AUGGGCGCGCGUGGGCGGUCGACGGGGACGCGGUCGACGGACGCGGGCGCGGGACGACGCGGCGGACGCGGACGCGGGAACGGGACGACGCGCGCGCGUCCGGUGCGAGGGGUCCAUGUGCGACGGCGCGCGGUGGUGGAGCCGGAGCGUGGGGCGACGGGGGGCGAGCGGCGGGCGUGGCACGCCGCGGACGCGGCGUCGCUCGGCGCGUUCAACGAAGAGACGAUCGCGAGGUACGCGAAGUAUCCGGAACCGGUGCGAGAGGAUGCGCACGUGUAUAAAGAUGCUGAUGGGUACUACGUCGUGAAGGAGGAGUGGCGGAAGCCGACGAAUCCGUUCGAAAAGUUAAAGCUGGAGAAGGAUCCGAUGCGCGAGCUCAUCGGCUUGGCGGGCCUCGAGGCGAUGGCCGAGGCGAGCGCGGUUGAUUUCAAGGCUUGGGACGAGGCGCUGAACGAUCCAGAUGAGACGGAUCAGCGGCCGAAGUGGGCCGGUUUGUUCCACCGACGGAAGGGUCACUACGGACGAUACAUGAUGCGACUCAAGCUCCCGAACGGGCUCAUCAACUCGACGCAGAUGCGAUACCUCGCGAGCGUCAUCGAGAACUACGGUGAGGACGGGUGCGCGGACAUAACGACCAGACAAAACAUUCAGCUCCGCGGGGUCGAGCUGAAGGAUGCGCCGGAAAUUUUGCGCAAACUCGAGGAGCUUGGAAUGUGUUCGCUGCAGAGCGGCUUGGACAACGUGCGCAACGCCACGGGGAACCCGCUCGCAGGCUUUGAUCCGCAAGAAAUCGUCGACACUCGUCCAUACACACUCGCCAUCCAGGAGUACGUCACAGGCGGCGGUCGCGGUAACCCCGCCAUCGCGAACUUGGGCCGCAAGUGGAACGUGUGCGUCGUUGGAAGCAGCGAUUUCUUCGAGCACCCGGACAUCAACGACUUGGCCUUCAUCCCGGCGAUGAAGGAUGGCAAGAUGGGCUUCAACAUCAUCGUCGGUGGUUUCAUCUCUUCUCAGCGUGCCGCGGAGUCCAUCUCUUUGGACGCUUGGGUGCCCGAGGGCGAGGUCGUCGCGGCGACGCACGCCGUGCUCACCACCUUUCGCGAUUACGGCCACCGCGGUAAUCGCCAAAAAUGCCGCAUGAUGUGGCUCAUCGACGAAAUGGGUCUCGACAACUUCAGAUUGGAAGUCGCGUCGCGCAUGCCCAUCGGUGAGCUCGCGCGCGCGGCCGAGAAAGAUCUCAUCGAUAGAGAUUCCCCUCGGCGUAGCUACAUUGGCGUGCACGAGCAAAAACAAGACGGCUUCAGCUGGGUCGCCGCCGCCGUUCCAGGUGGCCGCAUGCAACCGGAGGAUCUUCGCGAAAUGGCUGACCUCUCCGACAAGUAUGGCACCGGCGAGAUUCGCCUCACCGUUGAACAGAACUUCAUUAUCCCGCACGUACCGACGGAAAAAGUUGAUGAUAUCCUUAAGGAACGUCUUUUCCAAGAGUACACGCCGUUCCCUGGUAAGCUCGUGUCCAACAUGGUGGCGUGCACCGGAAACCAGUUCUGCGGCUUCGCGCAAAUCGAAACAAAGCGCCAGGCGUUGGAGAUGGCUGAACACUUGGAGAGCGUCUUGGAUCUUACCAAGGACGUUCGUAUGAUCUGGACGGGCUGCCCGAACUCCUGCGCGCCCGUGCAGGUGGCCGAUAUCGGCCUCAUGGGCGCUCAGGUUAAGAAUCCGUCUGGCGAGAAAGGAAUGGUUCCGGGUGUAAACAUUUUCAUCGGUGGCACCGUCGGACCGAAUGGUCACCUCAAAGAGAAGCCUGAGAUCGAAAAGGUGGCUUGUACCGAACUCAAACCGAUUCUAGAAGAUAUCAUGAUCGAAAGAUUCGGCGCGACGCGAAAGGCGGUGCCGACACCGAACCCAGGACGCGCGUCGCGAUGGAAGAUAAACAAGUCUGCGCAGUACACGAAGGGUGUGCCAAAGGCGAUGGGUAAGGCGACGCACAUCUGUACCGCGUGCGGCUACAUCUACCAAGAAACAAAGAAGUUCAAUGAAUUACCGGCAGAUUACGUUUGCCCGUCUUGCAGUGCUCCGAAGACGAAGUUUGAGGCCAUGAAGCAAGAGGUUGAUCCGGCGAGCGCUCGACCGACUGUCGAGUACCCGGAGGGUACGCUCGUCACACUCAAGCAAGGCGAGACGGUGAACCUGAAACUCAUUGAGAAAGAGCAAGUGACCUCGAACACCGUGCGAUUCCGCUUCGAGCUUCCCUCUCCGGAGCACAUUCUCGGCUUGCCAGUCGGUCAGCACGUGACGGUCACUAUUGAUGGCGUGUCUCGUCCCUACACGCCGAUCACUCGCGACGCGGACAAGGGCUUCAUGGAUCUACUCGUCAAGGUUUACGACAAGGGCGAGCUCACACAGAAGCUCAACUCCGUUACCGUCGGCUCUAUGGUCGCAUUCGAAGGUCCGAGCGGGUUGGUGACGUACUCUGCUCGGGGCGAAUUCUCUACGCUGAACCCAGCGACUGGCGUCGUCUCAAAGAAGGCGUGCAAGAAUAUCGCCAUGAUUGCCGGCGGUACCGGCAUCACGCCGAUGCUCCAAGUCAUCCGCCAAAUCUUUAGCGAUGUCGGAGACACGACUCGCGUCAGCUUGCUGUUCGCCAACGUGUCCUCCGCGGACAUCAUCCUGAAGAAGGAGCUUGACGAGCUCGCUGCGGCGCACAAGAACUUGUCCGUGCACUAUACCAUUGACAAGCAAGAGCCCAACUGGACUGGCGACGUGGGAUACGUUUCCAAGGACAUGAUCGAGAAGUGCAAGCUGCUCGACGACAACACUGGUUUCUUCAAGAAGCUAUUCUCUUCUAGCGACGCCAACGAUACCGCCGUCCUGAUGUGCGGUCCGCCAGUGAUGCUCGAGAAGGCCGUCGUACCCGCCCUAGACGCACUGAACGUGCCGUCGGAAUGUCGUAUUUUAUUCUAG